GAAAAAGAAGGCGGGGGCUGCUGUGACGUGUUUCCGGUGUCAUGUCAGCCUUCUGCUAAAGCCGCAUGGCUAACAAGCGACUGGUGCUGCAUUUUAAUGUUUCUACGCAUCGUCAGGCGGUUUUAGUGAUGCAGUUUUAACGAAACAACACCCCGAGAGAUGGCUGAAGUUGUACAAGAGAAAAGUCGUGGCUUGAAGUUUGCAGAGCAGCAACUCCUGCGUCACGGCUGGGAACAUGGUAAAGGACUGGGGCGAGCUGAAAAUGGCAUAUCAGAAGCUAUCAAGGUCAAAGUGAAAUGCGACAAAGGAGGAGUUGGCCAUAAGGAAGGAGAGCAGUUCACCUUCCACUGGUGGGAUCAUGUCUUCAACAAGGCCUCUUCCAGUCUGCAGGUGGAAUCUGAUCAGAAUGGAAUUCAGUUGAAGAAGACAGUGGACGAAGAUGAAGAGGAUGGGAUGAUCUCCAAUAAAAAGCCAAGGAAAGCUGCGCAGGCUAAAGCCAGACUAUAUGGAUGCUUUGUCAAGUCAGCCACACUGCUGUCUGGUCAGGAGCAGCCAGAGCCAAAGACUUCCAACUCAGACAACGACAGCAGCAGCAGCUCAGACGAGGAGGACCAGAAACUAGAUCUCUCGAGCACCUUCAACAAGCUGUCUGAUGCUGAUCUAAUGAAGGCUUGUGGAGGACGCACAGCUCACAAAGGAGCAAGGCACGGCUUGACCAUGAAUGCCAAGUUAGCCAGACUAGAACAGCAGGAGGCUGAGUUCAUGGCCAAGUACGGCAAGAAGAGCCAACCAGCAAGUGCUUCACCAGUUUGUGUUGAGCCGACGCCACCGACCUCCCAGUCAGCUGAGCAGAGAGCUGAGAGUCAGGAGGAGGCGGACGAGGACGCUCAGAGAAAAAAGGAGAAGAAGAAGAAGAAGAGAUCCACUGGGAGCGUCAUUGAGCUUAAUGGUGACGAAGUGUCUGAAAGUUCUGAAGCAGAUGUUAAACCCAAGAAGAAGAAGAAAAAGAAGAUUAAUGAGGACACUGAGGAUGUUUCCACUGAGGGGGAUGUGAUCUGUGUAGAAAACGGUGAAGCAGAUGAUUCACACAAAACAAAGAAGAAAAAUAAAAAGAAGAAAAAAAAUGCAGAGCUCAAUGAAGAAGAAAGAGUGCAUUCACCUGUAGCUGAGAGUCCGGAGGAGACUGCUGAGCCGCACGCUGAGACUAAAGUGAAGAAGAAGAAGAAAAAGAAAUCUUCCAAACACGACAGUCAACCUGUUGAAGAGGAGGAGAGUAACAGUACAGAAUCCAGCCUGUCAGAGCCGGUCCAGGACUGUGCUUCAAUAACCCAGAAGAAAUGUGCAGAUCUGCUGGAGGAGGCAGACACAGCAGGAAAACGGAAAAGGAAAAAGUGUAAAAAGGACAAACCUUCCAUAGAUGAGAUUAUUAAUGAGGAGGCACUUCCUCCAAAGAAGAAGAAGAAAAAGAAGAAGUCCAAAGAGUAGUAUUUAAUUUCAAAAUAUUCUGGACUGUGUUUCUUUUUUCCUUGGCUGAUGGGGACGUGAGCCUUACCUUGAAUCAGCUCCGGUGAGUCAUGCACCAAACAUGAACUUUAUAGAGGCCGUGCUCUCACAUUUAACAGGUUUUCCAUUGGUUGAUGAAUAUCUUGGAGACAAGUAACCAAAUAAUGACCUCUGUAGUUGUGCCUCAUCUGCCAGCUAAACAAAAGGUUCUCAAAGUGGAAAAAUAAAAAUAAUUGAUAUCUGUAAGUAACUCUAUGACAGAGGGUCACUCCACUGGUCAUGGGUUUCAAGCACUUUCUCAAAUAAGUCAUCUAACCUCACUUGUAUGCUGUCAAAUAGAUUUUUCAUCAAUGUUAUCUGAGCUGUAAAAGUUAUUAUAACCUGCUGCAGAGCUUCAAGUGACUGAGGGAACCAGGGCAGGUUAGUUAUUUGCAGGUGAUGCAGACUUUUUAAGAUUUGUGAUUGUUUACAACAUGAAAUGUGUCCAACUGAAUCAAUCAGUAAAUCUUUUAGUUUGAUUCUUUUAAAAUAAUUGAUCUGCUAAUCCAGACAAUGCAAACCAAGCAAAACUUUUCUAAACUGAGUCGUUGUUGACAUUUGAUGGGUUUUAAUUAUUACAACUUGUGCCAAUUAAGGUGCCUAUAUUGACAACCUAGUGUUGAAUAUGCAUUUCAGUGGAAAAUUCUAAUGAAAUAUCAAGAAUUGCAUCAUAAAUAACUCUUCUUGGAGUUGUUUGACAUCUGUCUGUAUUGAAUGUAAUCCACAUAAGAUGAAACUACCAAUUAUUACAAUUCUGAAAUUUUAAAUGCAAAAUAAAUGAUGUGACAUUUCAAA